UCUUUGCUGAUUGGAACCGUACUCAAAAGUGGAAAGCUUACCAAGCGGAGCAGGCACUCAAAUCAGAAAAUUUACUAGAGUAAAAAAACAUGGCUUUAAAAUACAACCUUUGGAAAGAGUAUGCCAUUUUGGUAUUUCCUUGGACAGGAUUUCUAACUGGGAAAGUAUUGAAUAAAUGGGAAGAUGAAAGAUUAUCACGCUUCAGAGAUAAAUCAGCUCUAUACGGUAAAGCAGUACCGCCUGAAAAACCUUCAUGGUGAUCAGUUUAUUUGUUAAAUUGCUGAUAGAGCAGUAAUAAUGGUGGAAUAUAAUUAAUAGUUUAUUUAAUUUUAAAAUAAAAUUAAUCAAAAACAUUAAAUGAAAA